UAACGAUCCGCUGACAGAUAAAGAGAAGUGUUUUUAUCGUCUGGAAACCAAAACACCCAUAGAAAAAUGGCGACACUUUCACUUCCACUCUCCCAAAACACUCUCUUUCUUCCCUAUUCUUCUUCAAAACGCCGCCGUUUUCUCUCCCAAGACCUUCUUUACCCACCCAUCAAGAUCAUCACUUGUUCUGCUAAGAGAGACCAAGUUGAUUUCUUUUGUUCUAUGCCAUUGAAGGAGCUUCAAACUGUGGCUUGUGGUCUUCUUGCUGCUUGGGCUGUCACUGCUGCUUCACCUGUAAUUGCUGCUAGCCAGAGGCUGCCCCCACUUUCAACUGAGCCCAACCGUUGUGAAAAGGCAUUUGUUGGGAACACAAUAGGUCAGGCAAAUGGUGUUUAUGACAAGCCAAUUGAUCUUCGCUUCUGUGAUUAUACAAAUGAAAAAUCAAACCUAAAGGGGAAGUCUCUUGCUGCAGCACUAAUGUCAGAUGCCAAGUUUGAUGGUGCUGAUAUGUCAGAAGUGGUGAUGUCAAAGGCUUAUGCUGUUGGAGCUAGCUUCAAGGGUGUGGACUUCUCAAACGCAGUUUUAGAUCGGGUUAAUUUCGGGAAAGCCAAUCUUCAAGGAGCUGUAUUUAAGAACGCUGUACUAUCAGGCUCCACUUUUGAUGAAGCUCAAUUGGCAGAUGCUGUUUUUGAGGACACCAUAAUAGGAUACAUUGAUCUUCAGAAGCUAUGUACAAAUACAACCGUUGAUUCUGAAGGAAGAGCUAGUCUCGGCUGUCGGUGAUUUCAGUUUGUUUUCUUUUCUCUAUUUCAUUAAUCUCUAUGUUGGCUACCAUCAUAUAUUGACAAUUAUAGAUUGAUUUCCAGUGAUAUAGAUAAUCAUGUUCAUUUAAGGCUA